CUGAAAUUGAGAAAUAUCGCGUGUCCACCACCGCGUGUUCCCCAGAUAUUCAAUCGGCCAGCGCCACCUUCUUCAAGACUCCGGCUAUCCCGGCUCUUUAGUCUCCCUUGAAUUGCUCACCGACUGAAAAUGACGCUCAGUUCGUCCACACCAGCAGCAAGGGUCGCAGACGUGAGCGUGACGCUGAGGCCCCGAAAACCCUACUCCCGGAGUCGGACUGGAUGUCUCACCUGCAGACAGAAACAUCUUAAAUGCGAUGAGAAUCGGCCUAUCUGUGCCAAUUGUGUGAAUACAGACCGACCCUGCGAAUAUCCUAUCAUGGGGCUCCCUCUUCGCGAACGUCGGAAGAAGUGGCUACCAGGCGAGCAACAACCUUGGGCGGCGCCUCACACGUCAAGCAUGCCCAUUGUGCUGUCUUCUAAAGUGGACCCAUUUCAUUGCCUCCCAAACGGCAUGCCGUUCAGGUCAUCCGAGCUUUUGCAGUACUUUUCACAGUUGGAAAACCCAAUUGGCCACGGCUUAACAAAUAAACAGAGUCAAUGUCUAUCCCUUGCGGUUCAAAGCCCAGAUGCACUCCGUAAUACUCUUCUCAUUGCAGGAUUGCAUUAUGCGUGGCACUCAGGCCAACUGCGAAACUAUGAGUCGACAUUCUUCUUCCACAAAGUUGAAGCCAUGCGCCUUGUCAACGGAUGGCUGAAAUCCCUCCAACCGAAGAUGGUUGCGGUGUGUAUAAGAGAGAUAUCCACACUCGCAUUUACAGAGUGCGGCCUGGGCGAUCUGGCAACUGCUGAGACCCAUCUUGACGGUCUCACAAGGUUCAUGGACCUCCAUAAGCCUGUUACUAUCCGAAACCGGCCCGAACUUGGCGUUGAAGAUGAACUUGCCCACAGAUACUUCAUGCUGUCAUACACCUUUAUACACGGCGUCAAAAGCCGACUGAAGGAUAUUAUCGACACAAUAGACCCCUUGGGAACUAACGCUAAGCUUGAACCCUUCGAGGUUGAGUCACUCAUGCAUAAGUGGCAUUUGGAAGAGAUUGGCGGUUUAGAAACGAGGCUGAAGGCGAUGACUCUGUUCCCUGCCUUUUUCAGCCCGCCUCCGCCGCGAACGGUGUUCCAAGACAUUGACGGACUUCCCAUAAUUGAGACUUUGCGGCAGAUGACAAAAAUGGUGGUUCUUAGUCGAAGACGAGACUGUGUCUCCCCGUCUGGAAAUGGAGAGCCUCUGGAUCAAGUUUGGCUCGAGGGCGCACCUACUAGAAUGCUGCUUGCUUUUGUCAACUCACAUUCGCAAUCCAUGUCCCACUCUGGCAAAAUCAUGAUGGUAUCCAAUGCUUCAGACUACAUGAUGGCCUCCUGGUCGGGAGUAUUUUCAGCCACAAGUCUUUAUCUCCAGUCAGUACUGGUGUUGUGGAACGCUGGUCAGCCAUUGGAACCCAGGCUUCAUCGACGGGUGCUGCUCAUUCUCAAGCACGACCUGGACCGACUCGACUACAUGGAGGAGUCUGGAAAUACAGUGGCCUCAGACUUCUGGCUUUGGAGGGCUUUCUUGGGAGCAUUUAGCCUUGCGAGGCAUCAUAAAUGCACACAAGAAAUGGUGCAGACCCUCCAGCCGUAUUUUGAACAUUUGAUCGGGACGUGGAUCCUGAAAACGGGAGUUACUGCGUGGGCUAAAGCAAAAGAGCGAUUGGCAUCGAUUGUCUGGCCUGAUGGCUUCCGUCACGACGAUGUGGCAGAGGCGGUUUGGAACCGCGCGGUCCUGCGAUUAACGAGACGGUAAACUGAGCCAAUUUUGUCGGAGUUGUUUUCAAAUGUAAACGGCAGACAGUUUGGGUGGCUUCAAAAUAUAAAAAUUACUCAUCUAAGGACCCUA